AUGUCAUGUUUGUUAUUGUAUACAGAAAAAGGGUUCGAUGCGUUGUCUGAAAAAAGCUUCCCCUUCAUGGUGAUGAGUUUCUACGAUCUUGGGUUGCUGAUCAAUGGAGGAAAGCGUAGUUGGGCAGGACGAUAUUCGAGCAGAAGCAACAUCGACUUUACUAUAUUCUUAAUACCUACUUUUAAUAUUUUAAAUGACUACUUACGUCAUUCUAAUUACCUAGUUAUAAUAUUUUUAAAAAUAUAUAAUAAGCCUUACGUUGUGUCACACCAGAAUUUGUGUAUUCUGAAUAACAUUUCUCGAAACAAAGGAAAAAACAGUUGCUCAAACAAACCAAUUUCUUCCAUGUCGUUGAAGGAUUCUCUAAAACCCUGCUCCAACAUUUCAAUUCCAUCUUGUUCUACUCAAUCCCAAUCUUCAAUUUCUAUUUUGAAUUCAAAUCUUCCUCAACCGCCUCGCAGAAUUCCUCCUAAAACCUCCAUUUCUCAGCAACUUCUUCGCUUGGAUUUGCCCUUUUCUCCUCCCGUAAAGUUGAGCUCUAAUCAGGAACUACCCGUUUCAAAUUCAAUCCGUGUUGUUGAAAGCAAACACGAAGACAAACCAUUAUUCAAAGGGGAAAAACCAAUUUCUGAAGGUGAUGACGAUGAUGAUGAUGAUAAUGAGGAAGAGGGUUAUCGAUUACAAGGGUUUGGGAGACCCAGAUUGGAAGGUUUUCAACUCGGAGAAACGGGACCUUAUGAGCCGUUGAUUUUGUCUUCUGAUGAUGAAGUUCCGUUGAUUCAGGUUCCUGCAUCCAUCAAUUGUAGGCUACUUGAACACCAAAGGGUGGGAGUUAAAUUUCUAUACCAAUUGUACAAGGAGAAUCUUGGAGGCAUUCUUGGAGAUGACAUGGGAUUGGGAAAAACCAUUCAAACCAUUGCCUUCUUGGCUGCUGUCUUUGGAAAGGAUGGAGAGGCUGAGAAGCCGUCAGCUGCAGAGAGAAACCAGAAGGGUCCUGUGCUGAUUAUUGGUCCAGCAUCGGUUAUAGAAAAUUGGGAGAACGAAUUCUCUAAUUGGGCUAAUUUCCGUGUCUCUAUUUGCCAUGGUCCAAAUCGUGACUUAAUUGUUGAUAAAGCAAAGGCUCAGGAACUUGAGGUGAUGAUAACAAGUUUUGAUACUUUUAGAAUCUAUGGAAAUACCAUCUCGGAGGUUAAUUGGGACAUUGUAAUUGUUGAUGAGGCACAUCGAUUGAAAAAUGAGAAGUCAAAAUUGUAUAGUGCAUGCCUGAAUAUUAAAACUAAAAGAAGGUAUGGUCUAACUGGGACUGUGAUGCAGAAUAAAAUUAUGGAGCUUUUCAAUCUGUUUGAUUGGGUUUUACCAGGGUCUUUGGGAACUCGAGAACAUUUCCAUUAUUUUUAUGAUGAACCUAUCAAACUUGGGCAGAGGUCCAGUGCGAAUGAGAAGUUUGUUCAAAUUGCUGAUGAGCGUAGACAGCAUCUGGUCACACUUCUUAACAGAUACUUACUGAGGAGAACAAAGGAGGAGACCAUUGGAAAUCUUAUGCUGGGAAAAGAAGAUAAUAUUGUGUUUUGUGAAAUGAGCGACUUGCAGAAAAGAGCCUACAAAAGGAUGUUGGAGCAACCAGAGAUCCAAUGCCUUAUGAACAAGGACCUUCCUUGCUCAUGUGGAAGCCCACUCAGUCAGGGAGAGUGUCAUCAUAGGACAAUGCCUGAUGGAAUCAUAUGGAGAUAUCUUCAUAGAGAUAGCCCUGAUGGCUGUAAUUGGUGUCCCAAUUGCGUCAUUCUUCCCUGCAUUCUCAAGCUUCAGCAGAUUAGCAAUCAUCUAGAGCUAAUCAAACCACAUCCAAAAGAUGAUGAGGACAAACAGAAGAAAGAUGCUGAUUUGGUCAAAGAAGUUUUUGGUGAUGAUAUUGAUUUGGUAGGUGGCACCGAUCAAAGUGAAAGUUUUAUGGGCCUAAGUGAUGCAAAAGAUUGUGGAAAAAUGAGAACCCUUGAAAGAUUGAUGGCAUCUUGGAUUUCACAUGGCGAUAAAGUCCUUUUGUUCAGUUAUUCUGUCAGGAUGCUUGAUAUAUUGGAGAAGUUUCUUACCCGCAAAGGUUAUUGCUUUUCUAGACUUGAUGGUUCUACACCCACUGGGUUGCGUCAGUCUCUUGUUAAUGACUUCAAUUCAAGUCCAAGCAAACAGGUCUUCCUUGUUUCUACUCGAGCUGGUGGCCUUGGACUGAACCUAGUUAGCGCUAACCGUGUAGUAAUAUUUGAUCCAAACUGGAAUCCAUCACAUGAUCUACAGGCUCAAGACAGAUCGUUUCGUUUGGGACAGAAGAGGCAUGUUGUUGUUUUCCGCCUUAUUGCUGCGGGGUCUCUAGAGGAAAUCGUUUAUACUCGCCAAGUGUACAAACAGCAGUUAUCAAACAUUGCGGUUUCCGGGAAGAUGGAGAAGCGGUAUUUUGAAGGCGUUCAGGACCAUAAGCAAUUUCAAGGGGAGCUUUUUGGAAUAGGUAAUCUGUUUCGAGAUCUUUCUGACAAGCUAUUUACCAGUGAGAUCAUUGAAUUGCAUGAAAAGCACGGACAUGAAUGUACGGGUCAAGAAAGUAAACACCAAAAUGUAAAUAAUCUUGGAGUCCAUUUUGUUCCCCCAAAAGAAAAAGGUAAAGCAUCUUUAUUAGAAUCUGAUUCUGGGGUGAAAAGUUCAGUUCCCGCGGAGAGCACAACUACAAAAAAGCCACUGCUUGAGGAGUUGGGUAUUGUAUAUUCUCAUCGAAAUGAAGAUAUCCUCAACUUACGAGCUGGGGCUAGAGUCAUUGAAUCGUACAGAGAGACAUCAAGUAACAGUAUGAAGGAUCCUCCCGUUGUAAAACAGUUAAGUGAUAGUAGUAGUUUAGAAAGGAGUUCGUCCAGAGAAAGUAAAAAACGGCAAUUUAGUCGUGUUGCUCAGUUUAUGAAUAUGACAGAACUCGAGUUUAGUAACUGGAUUUUGUCUGCAACUCCUAAUGAUAUCGAGAAAGCGCUACGAGACUAUAAGAAACGGAGAAAAGAGAAGAAAUCAAGUGUUUAAAACCAUCUUUUAUUCAAUCAGUUCGUGUCGUCAUGUAAAUUUUGUUAAUAAUUUGAUUAGUAUUUGUGUUGGUGUCGUUUAUAGUUUAUACGAAAUUUUAUAGCUUAGAAUCCUCAUAAUAUUUCGUUGAACUACCAAAAUUCAAUUAUAUUUCAAAUAUUUUGCAAUUAUACAUCGAUUAUCAAAA